AAAGAGCUCCCUUUUCCUAUCGCUGCAGGUACAGGACAAAAAAAAAAAUGGAACAUUUAAAACAAAUUUUGAUCCUUUACUCUAUCCUUACCCUUUUUCUUAUAGAGUUUUCUCACAGUAAUAAAUAUUCCCAGACAGCAAAUACAGACAUCAACUUGGAAAAUCAAGACAAGCCGUUUAGAAUGAAGAAAACGAAUUUAUUAUGGUCCAAAGCACAAGAGGUACAUUCAUAGUCAUAGUAUAGUCAAUUACUAUUAGUUUAGGUACUUAACUUAGAUAAAAUUUUCAAAUUGAAUGAAAUAAGAAAUGAAUACAUCUGUAAGAUAGCCUUUGUUUAGCCAAUCCUAGAUACGAUUGCCACGUUUUUUUAGCCAAUCCUAGAUACGAUUGCCACGACUUAUUUUCCAGGGAGUGACUUCCCUUUGUUUAUUUUUACUAAAUUAUUUUAGGGUUCAGGUCAGGCGUAGGGAUCGAUUUAGGGUUCAGGUUAAGCAUAGGGAUCAAUUUAGGGUUCAGGUUAAGCAUUAGGAUCGAUUUAGGGUUUCAGGUUAGGCAUAAGGAUCGAUUUAGGGUUCAGGUUAGGUUAGGCAUAGGGAUAGAUGACUUCACGUGACAUGUUAACCAAGAUGGCGGCCAUUGAGAAAAUAGUGGCAAUCGUAGUCAAAAUUUUCCCAAUGAAAUAAUAAUGUUUUUAUUUUUCAUGUAGCACUUUUGGUUAAAAAGUUAUGAUUUUUUUUGUGAAUAAAAAAUCACUUUUUUUAACAUUGAGAUUGAGAUUUGUGACCACUUUACAAAAAAAAUUUUACGAAAAGGCUCAUAACUUUAUAGCAGAGUGGACAAAUAAUAAGAAACUUUCCAGAAGUGUUCAUCAUCGUAUUAUCAACAUCUUUGUUGCUUUAAAAACUAAAAAAAUUACAUAGAUUAUUUUUAAAAUAUUUUUUAAUGUCAAUAAAAAAACUUCAAAAAAAAAAAAUAAUUUUAAAAAAAUUAAGACCAAACGUAAUUUGUUUUAAAACAGGAAAUAUAAUGGAGGCAAUUUAACAAUAAAAAUUAUGAUUUAAUUUGAAAGGGAGCAAUAUUGGAUAAAAUAUUAGUUAAUAUGUCUAUUAUUGUAUAGAUAUUACAAUAAAACCUAAUAUUAAUUAAGAUGGAACUUGAUUGAUUUAAGCAUUAUAAAAUUUCUUGAGCUUUCUUAGCUGUUAACUAUUCAUAUAUAAUACUGUUUCUGGUUUGCCACUUUCGUGUUCGGACAUUUUUUUUUUUUUAUCGGGUUUUAACACUCGUUCUGGCCAAAAAUAACACUGUUAUGGCCAUCUUAGAGACUUGAAAUUUUACAUGGUCAUUUUUGAUGCAAUUUUACAGGUCGAUUUAAAUGGGACAACGAAUAUUUUUCAAAAUAUUGAUAAAUGAAACUUAGCUGCUUUCUCCCUUUUUUUUUAUUUACUACAUACUGAUAUUACUGCAAACAAAAUGGAUGUCAUUAAAGCCCGUUCAUUAACAUAACUAGAACAGUAAUUAGUUCGUUGAUCCAACGUUUCUAGUGCGAAAAAAUAAUUUUUUUAGUGAACCCUAUCAUCCAGCACACCCAAAAAAGCAUCCCAAAAACCCUAUGGGCCGCGAUUGCGUCAAAAUAGCCUCAUAUCCAAGUACCGUCAUUGUCAUUCAUAAUAAGACGAUAAGAAUGAGAAUGAAAGUUAAGAAAGAAUAAUAAAUCUAAGAAUAAGAUUAAGAAUACUAAAAAGACUAAGAACUAAUUUACUAAGAUAAUAAUAAAGAGUAUGUUGUCGGGUAAAUGCAGACAAUUGGGGUAAUCUUGCAGUUCAGGUGCAUAUAUUAAAUUAAUUCUGAUUGAAUUUUUUAUUAUCGCUUGUAAAAUUAUGUGUAUUCCUCAUAAAAUUUAGUCCAGACAGUAUUAGUUAAAACUAGCAUUAAAUUGUACAGCACUAAAUUUUCUUUUCAUUGAUUUUACAGCCCCCAUUGUUGGUACAUAGCCGGUAGCGUAAACGAUCUCUCCGUUUUCUUGUGUUUUUAAAAUUCUCCCUACAUGCCAGAUUGCCAUUUUCUAGUUUCCUGUUUUUUUACAGGCCCUGGCCAUAAUUGACAAUAGAACCCUCUCAAUCCCAAGAACCAAAACUAAGACCAUCGGUGAGCGCUCCUUCUACUUCCAUGGGCCCACGUUCUGGAACCAGCUCCCCUUCCAUAUCCGUCAUUGUGAAACCUCGUCCACUUUUAAAAAGUCCCUUAAAACCCAUCUGUUUAGGUCCGCCUUUGACCUGUGAUGCACCCUCCUUGCCCUGCCUCAUUUUCUGUCUCGGGUUAAUCCUGUAAUAUAGGCCGAAACGUGCCAAAGUGUCCUCGUUUUAUAGCCAUUUUAAUUGUUUCUAUAGUAUAGUAGUUACUAUUCUAAUGUCUCAUUUUUAUUUUAGUUAGUUUACAUGUUUUUAAUAAUUGUAAAGCGCUUAGAGUUUUAAGGUAAGCGCUAUUAUAAAAAUGCCUAAAUAAAUAAAUAAAUAAAUAAAUAAAUAAAUAAUUUAGGUGUUAGUUAAAGGGCUUUUAAAGAUGUUCAUUUCCGAAUGCCAUCAUGAGCGAAGCCGUGUUUAUUGCUAGUUUUAAGAAAAAUUAAAAUUAUGAGUUCAUUACCCUUCAGUAAUGGUUUUUGAAUAUGUAUAAUCAAGUGUAUGUGUACUAAGUCUGAUCUCGUUCCAUUCACCCAAGCCAAUGCAGGAGCCUUUGUUUGGAAUUAUUUUUAUACACCCCAUAUAAGAAGAAAAAAAAAUUUUUUGGCUCCUAUAAAAUGACAAAAAAUCUAAUUAAGUUCAACCCCCCUCCCCUCAUAUCAUUCUUUUUGUGAACAUGCCCACAGUUUGAAAAUUUCAUUUAGCAUACAAACUUAUUGGUGAUAAAACAUCUGGCAACAGGGUAAAAAUACAAAACAAAAGGAGCUAUGGAAGUUUGGGGGAUGUUCAAAGUCGCUUUAGAAAUGAAAAUAAUGAAAAUAAGCGCUUUAUAGUUCAGUAUUAGUCAACUGUCACUGCCUGGAUUUAAUUUAAUGAAGAAUACACAUAAGUUUACAUGCGAUAAAACGAAAUUCGGUUGGAAAUAAUGUACACACCUGAACUGCAAGAUUACCCACAAUUAGUGCCAUGACGUAUCACACGGCCGUGACCUGUGAUCUUUUACAUGUUCACGGGUUGGGGCAACCAAGAUGGCGGCAGUGGAAAAAUAAAAUGACUCACGUUUGCUAAAAUUAGGAAUAAAACAUUAAAAAUUAAUGAAAAAAUGUCCUAAAUGUAUCCCUAAAACAAACCUGAACCCUAAAUCUAUCCCUAAACAUAACCUGGGUAUUGACCCUAAACCUAACCUGGAUAUUGACCCUAAAAUAACCUAACCUGGGUAUUAACCCUAACCUGAACUACCUAAAUCUAAAUCUUGACCCUAAACCUAACCUGAACCCUAAACCUAACCUGAACCCUAAAUCUAUCCCUAACCCAAACCCUAAAACUAGCCUUAAAGCUGCAACUUGCAGUGCAAGUAAAAAACACGUAGCAUUUACACACUGUGGCAAGAAAACUAUAAAAAUGAACAAAAAACAAUAAAAAAUGUCCAAAAAUAAUUAAAAAAUAAUGAAAUAAUGAAAACCCAACUUACAGUUUCAUGAAAUACACUUUUAUACACUUUAUUUCAGGUUCCACCUAAAAGAAUAUCCAGAAAAUGAAUAAAAUUUAAGGCCUGCCGCGAAGUCCAAAUCCAUCAAAAUAUGGCGGGAAAAAAAUUAUUAUUAUGAUCCAACCAAUGAAAUUUAAAAAUUAUAAUUAAUCAACCAAUAAAAAUUUAAGUUAAAAAUAGCCAUCUUAAUAUUAAGGAAAAUUUAACUCUAGUUAAAACAAUAAGGGGAGUGAAUCUAAAACACAAACUUUACAAAAAUCACGAAAUGACGUCAUGGCACCAAUUCUCUGCAUUGAUCUGUUGUCGUACUCUGUAGUUAGUUCUAGUUAAGUAGUAAUAAGUAAUACUACUACUAGAAGUAACUAUUGAUAAAAAGUAUAAGGUAUAUAUUAAAUGGUUGUCAUGCUAUUAUUUCAAAUUGGUUUUUACUUUUUACCUUUCUUAAAAUUUGCCAAUGUCCAUCCAUUUCACUCAGACCUUUUCCAUGCACAUAGCCACUAUAACAAAUUGAGCCCCGGAAAGCUGAAAUUAUUCUUUGGGCUCAAUUUUUCCAUGCUUGGAUUCCCGGCUGCUGAAGAUUUUUUUCCACAUCAUCCAUCCAUCUAAGCCUAGGUCUGUCUUUGAGCCGUUUUCCUCUGGGUUAUGGUGAUUUACCCUCUUUACUCAUUUGGCAUUCUUUCUAAGUGUCCUGCCCAGCAUAGCCUAUCCUUUUUUUAUUUUUGCUACUAGUGUGGGAUCAUUAUAUUAUAAUUAUAGACUAUAUAUUUCCUGGUUGGUUCAUAUUCUCCAUCCAUAUUCAUUUUUUAUUUGGUCCAUAUAUUUUCUGGAUAACUUUUCUCUCCCAUGUGUUUAAUAGGCUUUCUGCCUUUUUGUUAGGAUCCAAGUUUUACUUGCGUAUGUUACAACUGGUCUGGUUACAGUUUUUUAGAUUGUUUUCUUUGUUUUUCUUGUAAUGAUUUUUCUUUUGAGUAUUUUCUGACUACUGAAGUAUACCCAGUUUACGGCUGAUAUUCUUUCUUUUAUUUCUGUUAGAAAUUCAUUUCUUUCAUUUAAUAAAGAUCCUAGGUAUUUUGAUUGAUUUACUUUUUCAAUAGUUUGGUUUCUAAUUUUGAUGGCUUCUUCUGUCUGAUCUUCUCUUAUUAUAGUCAUGUAUUUUGUUUUUUGGUUAUCUUCCAGCCCUGCUUGUAGGGAUGCAUCUUCUAAUUCAAUAAAAGCUUUUGAUAUGUCUUUACUACGUUUCCCUAACAGUGCUAUGUCAUCAGCAUAUGCAAGAUACUGAAGGGGUUGAUUGUAUAGAGUGCAUAUUGGUUUAUGGUAUUGGUAAAAUUGACCAAUACCUUAAAGUUAAUUAGUAUCACUAAUAAAUUGUAAAGCACACAAUUAACUCAUAUACAUCAAUCAUCAUAUAAUUAUUUGUUUGACUUGGAUUUAGAGAAACCACUGUCUUCACUCAGUGGUACGAAUUUUUUUAGACAAAGCUUCUAUCCAGUCUGUUAAGUCAAGUCUAGACCAGAAUGACCACGACCAGGAGAUCAUAUAACUUGGUUAAAUUUGUAUUUAAUUUAUUGUUUUGUUUUUAAAAGACUUUAAUUAUUGACAUACAUUAUUCAGUGUAUGAAGUUUAUCAAAAACUUAGUUUUAAUGAAUAAUAAUAAAUGAGGACAUUUUUACCAUAUUUCAGACAUAUGUCAUAUUGCUUUGAACUAAUGCAAGAUUAAUUUAUCACCCUUUUUCACAUCUUUAGUCUAAUUAAUUCUAAUUCUGUAAAUAUAAUAAAUUGAUUUCAUUAUUUCUUUGAUCAGAGACUUUCAAGUGUAAAACUGGCAGAGCUUUAUGCAGACCUACAAGUACACGACAGACAAGAGUUACAUUUAAAGAAAAUGAAAGGAGAUAAUUUUGACAAAGAUGGUCAAUAUGAAGCAAGGGUACUUGCAAGUUAUAGAAGUAUGGGUCUCUCCUUUUACUUAAACUUAAUUAUAUUGCUUUUAUAUGCAUCCUUGAAGCAAAAUAUGUCAUUCAGUGCUUCACAGUACUUAAGGCAGUUGCCUUCCGGUAUUUGAAAUUAGGUUUAGUGCUUCAUAUUGCAUUUUACAGGAGUGGGUUUAUGUAAGAAGUGUUGUAAGUAACUAAUAUUAUUAGUAAUAAUGUUUCUUAGUUUUUUUAUUUCCCCCUUUUAAAGUUAGAUUUUGAAAAUACUCAAACCAAUAUGAAUGCUGUCUAAAAAUUAAAUUUAACUUUUAAGGAAUUAUUGAGGACUUUGGCUUAGAAGAUGUGUUUUUUGGCAAUGAAAUCCCUGACCAUGAUCAGGAAAAGAAAAGUUCACAAUUUCAGGAUCCUAAGCUCCAAUCAAUGUGGAAACGAGCCGAAGAAUCAGGAUUUACAGGUAUAAAGCAAUAUUGUUUCAAUUCAAGUUAUGAAAAAACAUUUUACAUGGGCAUGGGCAUUGUAAUGUAUUUUAAAUGGUUUUCAGUCUUACUUUAUCCUAAUACAAUUAUGUAAUCUAAAAAUAACAAUGGAUUUGGGUAAGGAUUAUAGUAUAUAUGUUACAGGCAAAGUAUGUGAUAACAAUAACAUGAAGGGAAUUUCAGUUUUUUAUAAACAAAAAAUAAAAUGCAGUGGCAAAAACAUUUUAAAAUCUAAAUGUCUAUCAGAAAUCUCUAGUUUUUAUUUUAUUUACUGCAGCAGUCUGAAUCAGUAUUGUUUACAUUUUCUAUUUUAAUUCUUGGUGUUAUACAUGCUUUAACAAACCCUUUCCUAGGUCCAGUUGACUGCAGUGUUGCAGCUGAAACGAAUGAGAUUUGUUUGUGCUUCGGAACGUUUUCUAAUUAAAAUAAAGGCUUUGAAUACAGCCAAAACAUUGUCAGAGUCUCCACACUUUUUGUGUGGAAACCUCAAUAGGAAAUUUUAUUUCAGAUAUUACUAUCAUUUUUACUAGGUUGUUAAAAUUAGUCUUUGGCAUUGAAUGCUCAAUUUGAUCUAGUCAAUGUAUGGAAACAGCGGAUUAAAGUAAAAGAUUUAUAAAAGUGAAGCACAACAUUAAGUUCGUCAUGCCUGAGAUACAACAGAUUGUGUCCUUGUUGUAUCAUAACUUUCUGUUUAAACUACCAGGUAAUCCUAAUGCGCAAAUAAAAGGCUCAUUUUUGGCUACCUUUCUUAAGUGGGAUGAGUCAGUGCAUUGUUCACUGUAUACCUUAGCCAGUUUCACCUGUGUCAAACUACUGAGAGUGAUAGCAAUGAGUAUGGUAACUUCACCCUCAUUGUCAUAGGGAAAGUCUCCCAGCUGCCACAUAUCAAGAGCUUAGAUUCACGGGGGGGGGGGUUAAUACUGAGGUCAGUUGUCUUUUUAAAAGCAACCCAUUUUAUAAUCGGCCUGUAAGAGGUGGUGCCAAAUCGGAGCAGGUUCAUUAAGCUUGUGAGUGCCAUUUUCUUAAGUGGGAUGAGUCAGUUCAUUGUUCACUGUAUACCUUAGCCAGUUUCACCUGUGUCAAAUUACUGAGAGUGAUAGCAAUGAGUAUGGUAACUUCACCCUCAUUGUCAUAGGGAAAGUCUCCCAGCUGCCACAUAUCAAGAGCUUAGAUUCACGGGGGGGGGGUUAAUACUGAGGUCAGUUGUCUUUUUAAAAGCAACCCAUUUUAUAAUCGGCCUGUAAGAGGUGGUGCCAAAUCGGAGCAGGUUCAUUAAGCUUGUGAGUGCCAUUUGUGUCAUUUCACAAAUUUGAUUCAAGCAUUUUCAGAAAGAGACAUUUACCAUCGUGUUUGGGUUGCUUUGGUAUAACCUUAAAAUGGUGAUCUAGUGACAAUUUAUAUAUGAAAUGAAACGUUUUUAUUCUGAACUGAGCAAAACUUUUAAUACUGUAUAUCUAACUAAUGAAUGUUAUGAACAGUUGGGGGAUCAAGUGAACAUUGCUAAAACUGCAGAAAAGAAGGUACCUCACCUUCAGGUCCUUCAUCCAUGCCAACACAAACAUCUAUGCCAGUUGAAGAAACUACAUGCUCUACUUCUAAACCACAACUCAAAUCUUCAAGACCACAAGUAUCUAUCUACAUGUGCGACACAAGUUGAAGAAUCUACAUAUGAAACAUCUACAUUAUAACAUUUCAUAUGUUGUGUGUGCUUGAAGGCUUCAAGUGGCGUACAUCAGUGUACAAACUGUUGACGUAAUAUUCAUGUUAUUUUUGGUCAUAGUCCUUGUAGCUAAGAGUAGUGCCCACGUGUUGUGUCCAAUCUGUUAUAAUCAGAAAAAUGAUAUAAAAAAUUAAAAAGCUGUCAUAAGUAAUCUUGAACAACAAGUUGGUAAAAUGAUGGCACGUUCUGACAAUAACUUCUCACCAGUUGACUUUGAUACCGUACUAAAGUAUGAAAUUCUAUUCCUGAAUUUGAUAAAGGAUGUGGUGAUGCAUGCAAUAUUUUGGCUAUCAUCAUAGACGUGCAUGAUGAUGACUAUCACUUGGGCACGACAAAAAGUUUAAUACAACAGCUUUUAUACCAGAUCUCAGUUUUCUGUGUGCAAGAAGCCUUUAUUGCCAUUAAAGGACAUUCCAAUGGACAAACAGCUCUCUCUCAGAUCAACUGCAUCACAACAGUCCACUGAAACUGGACAUGGAUUUGUUAAGUGAAUAGUAACACCAAGUGUCAAAAUAGAAAAUAACAUGUAUGAGGCAUUCUUUAGAAUCCCUGAUGAUUCUAGUCAAAGUUGGAAAUACAUAAGCCAUUAUAGAAUUUGCCUAGGCAUUCUAUAGAAUGCCUGGUCCUGGUUUUCCCACUUUGCCUGUAACAUGUCAUGAAUGUCAUGCCAUGGAAAAAAUAAUUGAUUCCCAAUUAAAUCUCAACAGAGAAAGAUCUUAAAAUGUUGAGGGAGGAGUUUUGGCAUCAACAGAUGAGGAUUCAAGAAUAUCAGUUUCUUCACCGUCAAUUAAAUGAUUUUCCAGGUGAAAAAAAUAUUUGAGUGUGCGAAUCAUACCUGACUAUAAGUAUAAGAAUAUAUAUACAGCAAGCCCCUUACUAGAACAAGUUCGAUCAGUGUGAAACUUGAUUUUGCAUAGUUUAUGCAAUUAGCAAACACAUUUUUAUUAGUGUUAAAUUUAGCUUAUUACUGAGCUUGGUCAAGUAAAAUUUCUGAUGUACUGGUAGAUGCAUUCAGAGUGGUGGUAUUAAUUCAAUUACCAGGUAUAUCUAAACACAUUUUUUUAAAAAUAUGUUCAUGUGUCACUCAUGUGUAUUCUCUAAUAUUACUACUAUAUUUUAAAACAUUUUCAUUCAUGAGUCUUAGGUUAAAUGUCAGUUCUGAACCCCAUUACACACCUGAAGUUCUGAAUACACAUUACAAUCAAAUUUGUCCAUUGAAAAUUUCUAUCUUAAUCAAUUUUAAUUUUAUUUGUAGAUCCUGAAGAUAACACAGUGGAUUUGGAACAGAAAAAGCUAGGUUUAUCCACCGAAGAUGUCAGCAAUAAGAAAGCAGCCAUGAAAAAUACAAAGAAAGACAUCAAAGAUGGCUACAUGAAAUUGGAACAUCUGACAGCAACUUUGUCCGGCAGUGAACCUAUGUUCAAGGACCAUAGGGUUCUUAAGCUUUGGGCUUUGGCCAAGAAGACAAACUGGUCAGAGGAGGAACAAAAUUCUUUUAAGGUUUAUGAAGUUAAAAUAUUUGUUAUCCAUUGCUAUGAUUACUGUAUUUAAUUUGUUCACAUUGUUGACAAAACUUUUAACAACUGAGCAGUGUCAUUUCAGAUUGAAAAAAGAUUAAAAUUUAAUAUUGAUACCUUCCCUUUCAAUGUUAUUUUUAAAUUUUAUUACGAAGUAGCAGGUACCCAUUGAAGGUAUUUUUGUUUAAUUGUUUUGGUAAUUAAAGCAUACAUUUUUCCCCUUGGUGGUGUAAUAAACAUUUAUUGUAUGUAUUGAACUGACAGGAAGAACUCAAACAUUUUGAAAACCGCUUAAGCAAGGAAGCAUUUUAUAAAGAGCAAGUGGAGCUAUCAUCAUCAGAAAAUGAAUUGAAAGAUAGGCACCAGGAGUUAAAAGAUAAGCAUGAGUUCAUGAAUAGAAAAGUGAGUCAAAUUUUUAAGAUUCGUUCCAACAAACAUCUUUUCAUAUAACAAAAUUACCAGUAUCUCAACAGAUGGGGCUGCAACAGAUCAUCUGUUUAGCUGUUAAAAAACAUUAUUGUAAUUUUCUUUGCUCUAUCUGAUGAAUGAACAUUCUGCAGUUCUUCAUUUAUUGUAAAAGAAAUAGAGCACCUGCCAUCCAGGACUACUUAUGUGAUUUUGGCUUUUGUGUGCUCAAAUACUUAUGAAAAAAUAUACUUGGAAAAGAUGAAUUUGCCAUAAGCAGUAAUGUUGGUUCCUACACUACAUACCUGACAUGAAUAUUUCACUGAACUUUUUUUGUUUUUCUAUGUUUCAGGUAAAAAAAUUACACACUGACUUGAAGACACGAAUAGAUAAAGCACUGAUGCACUCUGAAUUGUGAAUAAAAUUAUUAUUGGCCUUACUUAUUAGCCGACAUAUUAAUGAUGGAAUAUAAUCUCAGUCCUGUGUCAUUGAUGCUUAUUUAGGGUAUGUUCAUGUACCAGGCAGUAAUAUUAAUAGUACUCACUGAAUUAAGAAUUAGUCUUGCUGAUUGGAUCAUCCAGUUUUGCCAGUGUAACUCAAGACAGUUUUUGAUUAUUGCUGUUAUAUCCCUGUAAAUGCUUUAGUAGGUGGUUGUUAACAAUUAUGGAUGCUCAUUGCACAGGUCUUAAUAUUUUGUAUUUGUAGCAAUCAAAAUCACAUUUAAAAUCUUAACAUUCAGCAAAAUUAUCAAUGCUAUAAAAUUAUAUAAAAAAGCUAUACACAUUAUAUUAAAUUUUUGCUUCUCUAGUCAAAGCACAUUACCC